AUGUCUGCGGCGGUGCCGACGGCUCGCAAGCGCCCGGCACCAGACCAAGAAGCACGCGCUGCUGACGCGAAUAAGCGACUCGCGGCACAGCGGUCCCGGAGCAUCGACGAGUUCCGGCUGUUCAUAGGUGCCGGCGAGGGUGCCGCUGAAGGCGUCGUGCGCAGGGGGCGCGACCGCCGCACCGGCAAGAAGGUGGCGCUCAAAUGGAUCGGCCACAGCCGCCCAGAUCGCCGCGCGCUCGCCACCGCAUAG